AUGUCUGCUGCCCAAAAAAGAGAGAAACUGUUCCUCAUUUCACAUCCCACGGGUGACAGAUUUAUUCCAUCUUCGUCAUCUGCCCUGGUUUAUAAGUCUAAUAACGAUUACGAUGCAAAAAGGAGAAAUAAUUGCACCCAAUUAUCAUGCGACACUGAGAUGGCGAUACAGUUUAAUCCUUUGUUUGUCGCAACUGGAAGGUUUACUUCACAAAGAGGGCAAAAUGAAGCCUCACUAAAUACAGAUUCAAUCAUUGAACCUUUUCUGCCAUCAAAAGAAGAAAGGAAAACACAAGACCCAAUUGCAAAUGCUCUCGGGUACAGAAAUAAAUCAAAGGUUUUCAACUAUCAGUCUCCAACUAAAGAUAAGGGUCGCUCACGAAGUGCCAGCAAUAGCAGUAGUUUCAGUUCAAACAGCGACAGUAAUAGUAGACUAAUCGAAAUUGCUGGGCCGUUGCUAUCAAGUACAUCCUCGAAAGAAGUUAUGAAGUACCUUGCCCAAGAUAAGGAGCCUAAAGAUGUCAGUACUAACAAAAAUAGUAAGCCACCAAGACUCAUAGUUGCAAAUAGCAUUUUACAAGCUCCGGGACUAAGAAAUGAUUUUUAUUCUAACUUAGUAAGCUGGUCUAAGAAAACUAAUAAAAUCGCAGUUGGUCUUGGUGCCCAUGUUUACUCUUGGGGCAUUGAUAAUGAUGUCGAAGCCAUUGAGUAUAAUUACUAUGAUAUUGUCACUGCAGUAGCUCACUCUAAUGAUAAGUUUUUGGUUAUUGCAACAUCACAUGGCAGAAUUUUAUUGGUUGAUCAUCUUGAGAAUCAAUUGCUAGCCUCGUAUACUAAUGAGAAUAAGUGCGUAUAUUGUUUUGCUUGGUUCACACCUUCUCGCUUCUUUUUAGCCGGUGAUGAGUUCGGAGAUAUUUCCAUCUUUGAAAUAGUUAUCGAUGAGAUAGGAGCUAGUCUUACUCUUCGCUCAAGCUUUAAGUGUCAUGAGCAACAAGUAUGCGGCAUUGCAUUGAAUAAUGACUAUUCGCAGGUUGCGGUUGGCAGUAAUGAUAAUUGCUGCUCUAUAUGGGACAUCAGCGACAUUGAUGCUCCAUCCUUGCGAUUCGUUUUACCUCAUACUGCUGCUGUCAAAGCUAUUUCCUUCUGUCCUUGGACAAAGUCACUUUUGGCAACUGGCGGUGGAAGCAGAGAUCGUCAUAUCAGGUUUUGGCAUACAAAAAGUGGCACUUUGCUAAGUACCCAUAACACGAAUUGCCAAGUAACGUCACUUGUGUGGUCGAGGUUUAAAAAACAACUUGUAGCAACCUUUGGAUUCGGAGAUGGUCGCGAGCGCUGUCUCAUUAAGGUAUUUUCCUAUCCUCUGAUGUGCCCUGUCAUUGAAGUUCCAGCUGGACCUAAUCUCAGGGUUCUAAGUUCCACAUUAAGUCCAGAUGGGUGCUCUAUAUGUGUCGCUACAAAUGAUUCAACUGUCAGAAUAUAUCGUCUCUGGGAUAAUACUCUCGAGCUUGUUUCAUCUCCCCAAACAUGUGAGAGGGGGAUCUAUGGAAGUUCUUUAAUUGAGCUUCAUGAGGACAUAGAAGCAAGAGGGGAUACUAUCAGAUAA